AAUCUGCGUUCUUUUUUUGCAUAUAUAUAAGCCAGCUCGUAGUUUCUUUGUUUCUCCAAAAAUCAACCACCACUUUCACGUAACAGCUCUCUCUCUCCUUUUCUUUCUCUCAGUCAGUCUCUCACAUUUUGUCGUUUCGUUUCGGUUAUUUUUGUUUGGUUUCGGUGCUUUAUUGUUUCCAAAUGGUGAUGGAGGACAACGAGAGCUGCUGGAGCAGACCGAACGACGCGUCGUCGUUGUAUUCGCCGGCGCUUUCGCCGUCGCCGUCGUUGCAGUCUCAGACACGGCAGCAGCGCCAGAAACUCGAGGUUUACAAUGAGGUUCUCCGCCGCCUCAAGGAUUCGAACAACGACGAAGCUCUUCAACCUGGCUUCGACGACCAGCUUUGGUCUCACUUCAAUCGCCUCCCCACUCGGUAUGCGCUUGAUGUGAAUGUACAGAGGCCAGAAGAUGUGCUAAUGCACAAAAGAUUGCUGCAUUUGGCUCUCGAUCCGGUUCACAGGCCUGCGAUUGAAGUUCGUCUCGUUCAGGUUCAUUCAACUUCUGAUGGGAAUUCAGCUGCUUCUGCGCAUUCAGAUUUUCCUGGUGGAGAAGCUGCCCAUAAUGCUAUAAACUACUCUAGCAGACAAAGCAUACACCCACCACCUGCCUUCGGUUCAUCUCCAAACCUUGAAGCCCUUGCACUUGAAGCAGAAAAAAAUCAUGAUCCAGAUGAGGAACAUUCUGUUCAUGCCAAUGCACAGUUUUAUCAGCCCAUGCAUGAAAUCACAUUCUCUUCAGAUGACAAGCCCAAACUUCUUAGUCAGUUAACUUCUUUGCUUGCCGAGAUGGGAUUAAACAUCCAAGAAGCACAUGCUUUUUCAACAGUAGAUGGUUACUCUUUAGAUGUCUUUGUUGUUGAUGGUUGGCCUUAUGAGGACACGGAGCAGCUCAAAACUGCAUUGGAAAGGGAGGUUUUAAAACUUGAGAGGCAGGCUUGGCCAAAUCCUCAAUCAUUACCUCCUGUAGGCAAGCUUGAUCUAGCAAAGAUCAAAUGUGAACCUGAUCAUUUGACAAUCCCUAAUGAUGGGACUGAUGUAUGGGAAAUUGAUCCUAAUCAUCUGACGUUUGGAAACAAAAUUGCAUCUGGGUCAUAUGGUGACCUCUACAAAGGUACAUAUUGUAGUCAGGAAGUAGCUAUUAAAGUCCUCAAGCCUGAGCGUGUAAAUUCAGAUAUGCAGAGAGAGUUUGCACAGGAGGUCUUUAUAAUGAGAAAAGUUCGACAUAAGAAUGUUGUACAAUUCAUAGGUGCAUGUACCAAGCCUCCAAGCUUGUGCAUUAUAACAGAAUAUAUGCCCGGUGGAAGUGUGUAUGACUUUUUACAUAAACAAAAGGGAGUUUUCAAGCUUCCAUCCUUGAUCAGAGUAGCAAUUGAUGUUUCCAAGGGAAUGGACUACUUGCACAAAAAUAAUAUAAUCCACAGAGAUUUGAAGGCUGCUAAUCUUUUGAUGGAUGAAAAUGAGGUUGUUAAGGUUGCUGACUUUGGGGUUGCUAGAGUAAAAACUCAAUCUGGAGUUAUGACUGCAGAAACUGGAACAUAUCGGUGGAUGGCUCCUGAGGUUAUAGAACAUAAGCCUUACGAUCACAAGGCUGAUGUUUUUAGCUUCGUAAUUGUGUUAUGGGAGCUACUAACUGGAAAGCUUCCAUAUGAAUACUUAACCCCAUUGCAAGCAGCUGUAGGGGUGCUUCAGAAGGGUCUACGGCCUAUUAUCCCAAAGCACACUCAUCCAAAGCUUGCUGAGCUGCUUGAGAAAUGCUGGCAGCAAGAUCCAGCAUUAAGAUCAGACUUCUCUGAAAUUAUAGAGAUACUGCAACAAACGGCAAAGGAGUUAAGUUCUUGUAAUGAAUGCAUGACAAUGCUCACGGAACAGGUUGGAGACAAAGGAGAGGGAAGGCACAAGGAGAAGUCAUCUGGAGGGUUCCUGUCUGUUCUUAGAAGGGGUCAUCACUAAUGAAGACUGAUAAUAAUUCAGUUAACAUGGACAGUAGGAUUUAUCAUGCAGACCAUUUGUCAUUCUUUACAUCAGUAUGUACAGUAUUUGUUCAAAUGAUCAUCUUUUUCUGAUCCUUUCUGAUAUGUUUACUUCUAUCCAUUCUAUUAACCGGCCAUUCCCUUAUAGAUAUUGUUAUACCAUAUAUCAAUUUAUAAGCAGGGGUAAUGGUUUGGAGGAGAGUAGUUGUAAUCUUCUGCGGCUUUUUAAUAAGAAAUUACUGAUGGGAAUUUUUCUUUCA